AUGGGACGAUCUAAUCGGAAGCACAGUACUGAGGGUUGGGUGUCUUCGAGAGCCUUGCGUCCUGCUAAGCGAUUGCGCUUGCCGUCACUUGAUGAAGGCACAAGACGGAACAUCGAUUUUGAACCGCCUUUUGCAAUCGCGGCAGGAGGACCUGGAAGCAAGCAGACUGAUGCUGAAUGGGGGCAGGCACCUCUACUUCCUUCAGUCCAACCCAAUGACCACGAUUUGAUAUGCUAUGGGGCUCUGUUUGAGGUGCAAGCUGCGAUCGAUCUACCCAAUGGUAUCGCUCAUUGCCGAAGUCUCAUACAAAACUCAGAAUCAACGCAGCAAUACCCCAUUGAUAUUCAAGACAGCAAUUGCCACCUUCUGUCGACUCUCUAUGGAAAAUUUGCCAUUAUAGAUUCCCAAACGGCCACUUUUAUAUGUGCGCUUCACAACAUACCACACAUCCGCUUCUUGGCCGUGGUUAACUCAAACAAAUUGAGGCAAAUGAAAUUGAGCAAGAAAAGACUUUGCAUUGUGCCAUUGUCAAUCAAUAUCUAUGGUCAGUACAAAGAUGGCGAAACUGUCGGAGAUCUAUUAGGAACGAUUGGUGCAUUUUUACAACAUCCAGCCUUCUUGGAAUCCGGCAUUGAGUAUUACAACCCUCAGCUGUACUAUCCUGAUGGCAAGCUUGAGUCACUCACGCACCUUGUUGGACUCAGUGAUUGUGAUAUUGCCGCGAACCUCCUCUCUGAAGACGUCGAGGCAGUUCUAGCUUCGCUGGACGAUUAUGGCACAGGUAGCAUUGACUCCAUUGUCAACCUGACUCAAAUUUCCACAGAGCUUCGACGGCACCAAAAGCUCGCCCUUGAUUUUAUGCGUCGUCACGAAGAUUUCAACGAAGUUCAGGCGAUCCAUAGAGAUCUAUCUCAUCUAAUCGGCUUACCAAAUUCCGAGAAAAUCCCAGUGUCUUGCACUGGCGGCAUCCUGGCAGACGUAAUGGGUCUGGGCAAGACGCUGUCUGUGCUUGCAUUAAUAUUAUCUUCUCUGCAAAAUGCAUCAAAUUACCAGUCAUGUCUAGACGUCACACCGCAGGAGCGCCGUAAUACCGCUGGCACACGCACCAGAGCAAGCUUGAUCGUCGUUACGUCGGCGCAGGUCUUAGACACUUGGUUGACUGAAAUCCAAAACCACCUCCAACCAACAGCGUUGAAAGUUUUGAUAUUUCAUGGCGACAAACGCCCAAGAGCCAAAGAUCUGGUUGCCAAUCACGACGUCGUUUUUACUACAUAUGCUACCUUGGUGGCAGACUGCAGAUCAGCCAAGAUCCUGCAAUCCAUGACAUGGUUUCGCGUCGUGCUCGAUGAAGCGCAUUGGAUUCGAAACCAAGCCUCACAGCAGUUCAAGGCCAUAAUAAAAGUGCCAAGCCAACGCAGAUGGUGCUUGACGGGUACCCCCAUUCAGAACCGCAUCGACGAUCUUGUUUCUCUCUUGCGCUUUCUACAGUUUGAGCCAUUAUGCAAUAAAGCUACGUUCGAAAAAUACAUCCUAGAGCCACUGAGCAAAGAAACUCCAGAAAGGACAAGAGCACUGCACGUUUUACUGCGCGGGCUCUGUCUAAGAAGAGACGAAUCCCAUCUCAAUCUACCGAGUCCAACUUACCAAACCCUCGAGGUAAGCUUCGACCCCAAGGAACGAGAGCUCUACGAUGGAGUCCUCUACGCUUGCCAGAGAGACCUGGACGACGUUGUCAGUGGACAAUCAAAGUCAAAAAAGUACUCUGUGCUCUUUGCCGCCAUGACCAAGUUGAGACGGCUUUGCAACCAUGGCACAAUGCAGUCGGUCGAAGCAGGGUCAAGCUCAAGUUCAACCACGCUCAGGUUCUUGGAGCCCGGAUGCGACUACUGCCAAGGAAAUCAUGAAGAGAGCCUUGCCGCUUGGAAUAAGGAAACGGCUUGUCCACACUGCGGUAGAAGCCUACAGCAAGUACAGAAUCUGGGAUUAUUGACCCCCGAACGCGAUGCAUCAAGGACUCCGACCCCUGGUGACAUACAAAUUCAACUAAACGGGGACCGGUCGCCUAGAAGUCAACUGGCACACAAUGGAUCAUCUUCCAAAUUACUUCGUGUCGUUGACAACCUGGCCCAGACUUCGAACCAAGGCAAGAGUCUUGUUUUCUCAUUUUGGACGUCGACACUUGAUCUACUUAAACAUAUGCUCAUAAAUGCGAAUAUACCAUGCCUGAUGAUCGAUGGGCGUGUACCUUACGCAGAAAGACCAAGGAUAUUGGAACAGUUUCGCAACGAUCCGAAUGUACCGAUUCUAUUGAUGACAAUUCAGACUGGAGCAGUAGGAUUAAACUUGACGGCUGCCAACUUCAUACACAUUGUCGAGCCACAGUGGAACCCGUCGACGGAAGAACAAGCUAUCGGGCGAGCAGUGCGGAUGGGCCAGACUCGGACUGUCACUGUCUUUAGAUACGUGGUUGAAUCAUCAAUUGAGCAGAACAUACAGACUCUUCAAAAGAAGAAGAAGAAUCUGGCCAAAUUCACUCUUGAUGGUUCUGGCACAGAGUCGGGGAGCCUCGAGGAUUUCAAAUUCAUGCUAGAUAUGUGA